AUGGCCGCCACCUCGCUUGCCGAUAGCACAGCCGCCUUCGAGAAGCAGGCGAGCAACCUUGGCUUGGAAGAUGAGUGGAUUCAGGGGCUCAAACGUUUGGGCAUCAAGAAUUUGGGAGGUCUUGCCUUUGCAUGCGGCCAACCAGGAAGCCCAGUGCCUGAAGCCGAUGUCAGGGCCUUGCUUGACCAGGCGGUUAGUGGCAAAGCCAUCACGGUAGGCGACGUUGUGGUGAUGAAGGGGUUGUUGUCGAGGGCGCAAGCUGAUCCUGCAGCUGAUCCGAGCACUCGCAAGAUGCCGACAGCAGAACGGGCGACUAGACUGGCCGCCCAGAAGUUGCGGCUGACAGGCCUGGAUCUCCAAGGCACUCUCGAAGUUGCUCACUCAGUUUAUGAUGUGAUCAACGGGAUGGUGGAGGCCGACACCUUGAAAUACCUGUCACCGGCCAAAUGCAUCACCAGGAUGCAGGAGAUCACUUCUGCAAAGCCCCCCAAAGAAUUGAAGCUGGACUCAAGUGGCAGUGGCAUCUUGGUCAAAGACGCACAGAAUGAGCAGACCUGCUCCGUGAGUAGCGAGCUGGACAUCAUGGAGGCUAUGACCAGGAGAUCUCUAGCAUUUGAUGCAGUAGGGGUCGCAGACUUCGAGACCUUCCAGAAGUGGAUCCAGUGCCUCUUUCAGAUGAUGAGGCAACCAGCCCCUCCAGGGUUCAGGGCACCGUCAGUGACUCAGUUGCUCCGUGCGGACCGGCAGGCUUUUGUGAAAAUGCAGGAGCUCACUCGUGAUGGGAUCAAGCCUAUAGGGCCAUUCUUCGAGCAGAGCCUCACCGGGCGCAGCAGCUGUUAUGAAACCUUGGGCCAGUGGCAACGACCCGGGCUUGGGUUCUUAUAUGGCUGUGCCAUUGUGAAAGGACUGCUUCUGAUUUUUGUUGAUAACUCCAACUACCAGAUCGAAAGCGAUCAACUGGAAUUCGCGCGGGUCCAACUGGCCAAUGUUGCGGUGGACCAACCUGUGGUGGUUCUGCUGCACAUCCCCUUGAUGCUGCCGGGCAUGUCCUUGCCCCCCAAGGAGCUCUGUGGCCACCAACAGUGGGGUGCUGCCACUGAUUUGUUGUGGCAAGUGGAAGAUCGUCCACGUUGGCCUUCGGGGAAUCAGCAGAGUACCUUGGACUUCAGGGAACUGCUGCAAACCCAGGCAGCACCAAAAGGUCCCAUCGUGGCAGUGCUCUCAGGACAUACCCAUGAGGAUGCAGCUGUAGCGCUAGGAGAGACUGUGGAGGAUGCUCAGGAUGGAGCAUGCCCUGCGGGUGCUGCAGCGACGCCUGCGACGUGCCGGAGCACCUGGACUGUGCAGUCUGAGAAUGGCAGGGAGUCGCCAAGCAAGGCAACCAAUGCCUUCCAAUACACCACCCACAGCGCUGCAGAGGGGGCCUAUCGUCUCCUAACCAUCAGGCCAUUUGCAAGUGAUUCACCUCUUGGUACCUGGAAGCUGCUGGGCUCAAACGCCACGUCGAAUUUUCCAAAUGUGGAACGGCCCGAAUGUUGGGCCUGGCAGGGCAUUUUUACCACUUAUGUGACGCUGUGGACGUCAUCACAUCUUUUGGUCUAUUCCAGCCGUUUGUCGAGUGCCCCGAGCUACAAUGCUACCUCCGUGGUUCUGCUGACAGAAACUGUCAAGCUGAUACUGGCUGCAUCCAUGUAUGUAGCAUAUGAUGGCUCCUUGCGGGAGAUGAUCCGAGUAGCCUCGAAAGAAGUUCGGGUCCUGCUGCUAUAUGGGAUUCCUGCUUUGCUUUACGCCAUGUACAACAAUUUGCUCUUCAUCAAUUUGGCGUCCUUCGAUCCGGGCACCUACAAUGUUUUGAUCCAGUUGAAGAUAGCAUUGACCGGAGUGCUGUACCAGAUAUUGUUCUCCAAGCAGUUGAACCGGAACCAGUGGGCAGCCAUUUUGCUCAUCACAUUGGGCUGCAUGUGCAAAGAGUCUGGCAAAGUCACCACAUUUGGUUUCCAGGCGAACUUGAGUUCAUGGUUCCUGCUCUUCGUGCAAAUGUUGUGCUCCGUGCUGGCUGGGGUCUACAAUGAGGUCCUCCUCAAAGGAUCCGACUCGGCCAAGCGUGGAGUGACCACCAAUCUUCAGAAUGCUUUUAUGUACAUCCAGUCCAUUGUGGUGAAUUUUGUGGUGCUGAUUUGGGAGGGAAAGGGCAGCGAGGCGAUUUCCCCUCAGAACCUUGAGGCCAUCGCUUCUCUGAAGGUGCUGUCGAUCAUUGCCAUCAUGUCCACUGUGGGCCUGGUUACCGGCUUCUUUUUGAAGCACUUAGACUCGGUCUUGAAAGCUGUCGCUUCAGCCCUGGAGGUGGUCUUCACGAUGCUUUUGGGCUUCCUGUUCUUCGGUGCGCCCCUGGGUCUCAGUGGGCUCAUUUCUGGGUUGCUGGUAGGCGCUGGGGUGGCUCUCUACUCCCGGCCUGUGCCUGUGCUGGUAGCUGAAGAUGAGCUGAAGGUUGUUUGA